UGAGCAGAAAAAACAUAUGUGGUGGUCUUCGUUUGAUGCUUCUUUCCUUCUGAACUGUCAUUUGACUGCAAUGGCAUACACCGAGUCAAUGGUUGUAGUGAAGGGAAGUCAGGUGUCCUGCGUUGGGCAUGAUUGGGAAGACGUUCCAGAUUUUCUUGGGGCAAAAUAUGGAGAAGUGGCAAGAAGAUUAGAGCUCAGCUUCAACCAACUGAGGUACUUUGUACUACAUAAGCUGACAAAUCUGAAGUUCCUGGACACCAGGAAAGUGACCCAGUCAGAGCGGUCAGAGGCUAAAGCACGUGGAGCUUUCAUGAAGGUGGUCAAGCCGAAAAAUGACCAAGACGCCGCCAGUGAUCUGAGAUCCAAAUCCACCACUACGUCAUACACCCCACUGCCACGAGGAUCCAAAGAUGCCCGAAACCACAAAGGGGUUUUCACCAAGUGCCGUUAUGUCUACUACGGCAAGCACUCAGAGGGCAAUCGAUUCAUCCGCAAUGACCAGCUCUGACUGACAGACAGGUCAGUGGAUAGACACACGAGGGGGCUUUACAAAGAUAUCCUGCGCAUAUUAUUAUAAAUAUA